AUGGUCGCUCGCAACACCCUCCUGUUCCACCGCUUCCUGGAGCCCUCGCUGAUCCGCCUUAUCCACGAAGACGAGACACAGAACGCCGCUCGACACAUGGUGACCAUGGCGGUUGCCGAGUUGAAGGCCACAGUCGAUGCGAACACUUUCAAUUCGUCCGGUAUUCGGGUCCCGUUGGAGUCAGUAGUGAUCACCACGGGUGCUCCCUCCCGCACCCACGGGGCACGGGUGUCUAAGCUGCUGCGGGUGUUCAACGACAUGUGCGGGUAUGACGCGGGUGAAGACCCGUUGCGGGUAACCCACGGGACAGUGCCGUUAGACUGGCACACAGAGGGGUCGGACCGCGCGCUGCCACGCCUCGGCGUGUCCAAGCUCGAGCUCGAGCCCGGGCAGCAGGACUGCAUGCGCGACACGUACACAGAGGGGCCCGACCGCGCGCUGCGCCUCGGCGUGCGAGUGCGAGCUCGAGCUCGAGCCUGGGCAGCAGGAUCACAUGCGCGACGCGUACGUGCGCCGCUAGUACUGCCACGCGCCGCCUGGAGAGCACGAGAACGAGAAGGCCAAGGCCCAUCGAGAAAGCAGAUCGACUUCCUCCAUGACCACUGCACGUUCCCUGGCUCCGCACCCAUCCCUGGCGAGCUCCGACCCACGAAAGGCCUCGUCCCCAGCGUGGUGUGGGCGCUGCACGCUGCGCGCUCACCAUGA